AUGCGCCCCCGCUCCCAAGAACGGCACGGCCACGAGCUGCAAAGGGACCUCAACCCUACUAAGCGAUAUCUGGCCCGCCUCCGCCGUGGAGGAUUCCACGUGACGAAUAUGAGUCUCGUCGUAUGGACCGACGCUUCCCUCCUACUCCAUCGUCCGACCAAAGAUAUGGGGAUCGGUAUCUACUGGGGCGAGGGGAGUUGGGCGAGUUCCAUUCUGAGUAGGGAACGGCCGCCGCCAGGAGUGGUGACGAAUUGCCACCAGGCUGAGUUCUAUGCUCUUGCUAAAGCCGCCGCGCGCGGUAACCUCAUAAUCGAGGUGUCGGACGACGAGAUCGAAGUCAUUGAGAUUUCCGACGACGAGGACGAGGGCGAGGACGAAAGCGAGGAAGAAGACGGCGCCGUGCCCCCAUCUGGCGCUGAUGUGGAGAUGGGUGAGGACCACGAGGUCAUCGUGAUCUCGGAUUCGGACAAGGGAUACGAGACCUGCGACGAUGAGAACGACGACGGUGGUGACGACUCAGAUGACGAGAGUGGCGACUCAGACGACGAGAGUGAAGAAGAACUUCAUAAUGCGCUUCGCUCCAAGCGCCGCCGUUUGGCUUAG